UUGCCACCGGCCAUAAAACGUAACAAAGAAGAAGAAGGGGUCAAAGUUGAAGGGAAACUAAAACAUGGUUGAACACGGUGAUAUCCGCGUGGUUCACCGAGGUGGUAGUAAAAUAAACUUCAGGGAGCCUGUCAUAACCAAUGAUUCAAGGUUCCUGCUGUGCGCCUCAGGAGAGUGUGUGAAGGUGUUCAGCACCUCCACAGAGGAGUGCAUCCACAAUCUGCGGGGACACACCGACCUGGUGACAGGCGUGCUGCUCAAACCCUCCAACCACUUGCAGGUCUACUCUUGCUCAGCAGAUGGCACUGUCAGACUUUGGGACUUCACAGACGGCAUUCUUAUUAAGACUUACGUCAUUGGAUACCCGGUUUACUCCAUCCACGCAUCCGCAAACCAUGAAGGAGUCAUCUUUAUUGUUACUCCCACGCUAAGUGACAAAAGAUCUGAGUUGUUCCAGCUGGUUGCGGUACAUUUACCACAGAGCGGCGAUCAACUGGUGGAAGCCAGAGAGCUUUCUGCUGUGCUCAGCAACGUCAGCUCCAACUCAGCGGCCAUCGUCUUCGGCAGAGGGGGGGAAUAUAUUGCUUCAGCUAAAGGUUUACAGCUGGAGGUCUACUUCUUCAAGAAGCAGAAGUCAUACAGGUUUUCCCUCAAAGAAGACAACAAGAAGGGAGGAAAGAACACAUUCACGUGCGUUGCCUGUCACCCAAAAGAUGACUGCAUUGCCACCGGCCAUGAAGAUGGCAAGAUUCGCUUGUGGAGAAACUUCAACCACAAGAAGGAGUACACAUACUCCACCCUGCACUGGCACCACAGUGCUGUCAGCUCACUGUGCUUCACCCCAGAAGGCACCAACCUGCUGAGUGGAGGCUUGGAGUCGGUGCUCGUCCAGUGGCGAUACAACCAAGAGAGCCAGCGGGACUUCCUGCCCCGCCUGGGUGCUGCCAUCACACACAUCGCUGUCUCGCCUGAUGGAGCGCUUUUCUGUACAUCACACAGUGACAACAAGGUCACUAUCAUCCAGAGCUGUGUUAAAGUGUCAGCUGUCAUUCAAGGCCUGGUCAAAGGAGAAAGUGUCAGGACAGACUUGAUGGUGGAUCCACGCAGCAAAUCCCUGGUGCUUAAUGGGAAACCAGGCCACCUGCAGUUUUACUCCCUCCUGAGAGACAAACUGCUGUACAACCUGGACAUAGUACAGCAGGAGUACAUUCAUGAGUCGGGCCUGGAGCAGUUUGAGGUGGUCAAGGCGGCCUUCGAUGCCUCUGGCAACUGGCUGGCAACAGUGGAAGAAAGAAAACAGAAAGCUGCUGAGCUGGAGCUUAAUUUGAAACUCUGGUUAUUUGAUGAACAAACACAAAGUUUUGUGCUGAACACAACCAUCUCGGCCCCACACGAGGCCCAGAUUACAGCCAUGUGCUUUUGCCACGCCACCGACAGCCAGACCACCAUGCUGGUCUCCACCAGCAAGGAUGGACACUUCAAAGCCUGGCAGCUGGCCGCACCAGGCCACACAGAGGAAGGUGAAGGUCCUUCCUGGUCGUGUGAUUUUGUCGGAACCUAUCACGGCCUGGCGCCUGAGUGCUGCUGUUUCUCAGCCGAUGGUUCUCUGUUGGCCGUCAGCUUUCAGGAGGUGGUGACUGUGUGGAGCCCGGCCUCCUGGGAGCUCCUGACAACUCUGUCCCAGCCACCAGGAGCUAUUAGGGAUCUUUGUUUUGGACGACUUAGCUGUUCCAAGUAUCUGCUGGGAACCACUGCCAAAAACCUUCUCUGCUGCUGGAACCUCCUCACCUGCUCCUUGGAGUGGAGCACCUCAAUGGACAUCAGCCUGCUGCUGGCUGACCCCCUCUCUGAGAACAUGGCUGCCUUCUGCUGUCAGGCUGGAUGCACAGACUUGUUCGUGUUUAAGCCCAGCGAGCCUCGGCCGCUGUUUUCCCAUAAGGCCGUGUGCUCAGGGAAGGUGACUCGUGCCGUCUUUGCCCCGAGGGAGGAGAUGCUGGAGAGCUGUGAGGAGAGCAGCCAGUGGCUCAACUGCUCACAACUGUACUUCCUCACUCAGUACAUGGACCUCAUGACAUUCACCACCAAGGCAGAGGAGGACAGACUGAUGGCGUCCAGCAAACAGCUUGUGAUCGACGACAGUGUCGCCAUGACACCAUUUUACCUGUUGCUGGGGAAACACCGGCAACAGGGAAAUCAAGACACGCUGAGCAGCGUCUCAGCUGAGAGGACGCCUCUGCCACAGGGCUCCGUAGCUAUCAAAGAGCUUCUGCAGACCCCGGCCCACGUCUUACCCUCCACCUCUUUCCUCUGCUCCAUGUUUGUACAGUCUCUGCUCAUCUCCGUGACAGACGGCAGAGAGGAAAAGAAACAUGCAGAGGAGGAAAUGGAGAGUGAGAAAGAGGAAGAGGACUCGGAGGGGGAAAUGGAAUCCAGCACCACAAGACUGGAAUCACUGGAACAUCAGGUUGCAGACUCUGCAGCCCCCGCUCUGUCAAAAGCCCAGGUUAGAGAACUGAGGAGGGUGAAGAAACUUGACCACAGCUGGCUCGCAGCCCUAUUGGACUCGUGAUCAUAUUCAAAGACAGACACUCGGAUUGUUUUACACCAUUGCAUCAGAGUGGAUAUUUACGGGAAAGAAAAGAAGACACUGUCCAAGUAUAAACAAAUCCCUAUAGAAAUACAAAACAGAAAAUAAUUGAUUGCUUGAGUAUCGGCCCCUUUGGCAGCAGUUACAGCUUUGAGUCAGUCUGGACUUGUUUGUAUUAGUUUGCACAUUUGAACAAUAAAAAUGUUUUCUCUGUAAAGCAGCUGGAACUAUGUUGGAUGGGGAUGAUGUGUGAAUCACAAUUUUUGCCACAAACUGGUCUGGAUUCUGACUCGGCCACACCAGAAUAUUAACAGUAUUGUUUCUAAGCCAUUCCUAUCCUGUGUAGCUUUGGCUGUUGUCUUGUUGGAAGAUAAAUCUUUUCCCACUUCCCAUUGUUCUGCUGCUGGCUGCAGCAUGUUUUCCUCCAGUAUUGUCUGUAUUUCCCUGAGUUCUGGGGCCUCUACCACCAAAUUGGCAACAUGCAAGCAUGCAAGUAUAAGAUCUUUCAUUUCUCUUACACUAUACUUGCGAUCCAUGCACAAGCAUACAAGAGCUCUGUAAGACUUCCAAAUGCAUCUGCAAUUUUGGAGCAACAAUUGAUUUUUUUUAUUUUUUAAUGAAAAUUGCAACUGUGCAUUUGUGUGUAAGCAGUCCUCGCCUGUUACUUGCUACCUACACAAGCCUCCCAGUUCCUGCUGCAGAGAAGGAUGCCCACAAUGCAUGGCAGGACGGUGCCACCACCAGACUUCGUGCAGGGGAUGGUUUGUUUUUGCAGAUGUACAGUCUUUGGUUUACACCAAACAGAGUUUAGUGUGAUGAUCCAAAAACUCAAUAUUGGAUUCGAAAGAACCUUGUUUUUCAUUUCAGUCUCCCACAUGCCUGCUGGUAAUCACUUGUCGGGUUUUUGAAUCACAGGAUUAUAGCUAUCCCAUAUUUGAUCCAUUUUUAUCAUCAGUUACUCUUCUCUGAGGGAUGUCAAGUGCCUUUAAGUGGAUCUUUCUCCUACAGUCAAUGUUGAUAUAUUUUAUCUUCCAGAUAAAGCUGCCAGGCGUUGAUUAAACGCAAAUCAUUUUACUUAAUACGACUUAAAACAACUGGCUGCCCCAGUGUAUGUCAUCGUAGAGAGAUUAAAUACUUCAAUUUGUGGUGGCGUUUCUUUUGACUUGGACAUUAAAGUAUGUCUGCUUCUUUCCCAUUGUAAUCCGCUGUUGUUCAAUGUUCAAACACAAAUGUCGGGGGAGGGGGGGAACUUUCUAAAUGCAUUGUAUGCAUGCACAUAUGUGCAAUUACAUUUUUCUAUAUUUUGGAUUUGAAUAAACAGAUCUAAGCUUUCCUUAAA